GCCCGCGCCCAUCUUUCGUUCGCUGCGAUCGAGCAUGCUGCUAUGCAUGCAUGCUCUGUGUCAAUAUAACACCUCGCACAUGCUUGCAGCGUCGGUUUCUACCCGAUCAGACCUUGUGAACGGAUGAAGAUCGUGUGCUAGUAUCGGCAGCGCUUGCUGGGCAUUGCCAAAAACCUAGAUUCUGAUUUCGUGCAGAAGCCUCUGAUUCGUAGUGUGGUAGAUCGACCACUACCACUGAGUCUGUGCCAGCCUCAAAGUAACCGUUGCUUACCUGCUCAAGACGCAGCGGUAGAGUGCAGCUUGCUCUCGAGUCUCAUGCUCAUAUGUCAUAGCUCACUCAGUCCAGGUCUUUCACUUUCAGCGCUAGCGUAGAUCGCGGAGCGUCACACUCAGGUGGUGUUUGCGACGGACUCGUGCUGCUGCAUACUGUGGCCAGCGUAACCAGUGUAGGCUGUAGUACAGAGUGCCGUGAUCGUGAGCUCAUAAUAAUUAUUAUUAUCAGCCGCUUCGUUCCUCACUGAGACUUGUUGUCAAGGUUUUCAUCGAGCGAAGCAGGGCGCACGUCGGCAGAUACCCGCUCGGCGCUGGUCUGACCUACCCGCACCGGUCGCUUUGUCGUGCCACGAGCACAACUGAGCAGCGAAGAGAAUGGCGGGGCGGCCAUUCCUCGACCCGCGCCCACCCGAGGGGGGCACAAAUUCUCAGCAACAACUGCAACAGCAACUACAACAGCAGCUGCAGCAGCAGCAGCAACAACAACUGCAGCCGGACCAGCAGCAGCAACAACUGCAACAGCAGCUGCAACAAGAACUGCAACAGCAGCCGCAACAACAACUGCAGCAGCAGCAGCAGCAACUGCAACAGCAGCUGCAACAGCAGCUGCAACAGCAGCUGCAACAGCAGCUGCAACAGCAGCUGCAACAGCAGCUGCAGCAGCAGCAGCAACAACAACUGCAGCCGGACCAGCGGCAGCAACAACUGCAACAGCAGCUGCAACAAGAACUGCAACAGCAGCAGCAACAACAACUGCAGCAGCAGCAGCAGCAGCAACAACUGCAACAGCAGCUGCAACAGCAACUGCAGCAGCAGCAGCAACAACAACUGCAGCAGCAGCAACAACAACUCCAGCAGCAGCAACAACAACUGCAGCCGGAGCAGCAGCAACAACAACUGCAACAGCAGCAGGAACAGCCGCAUGUACAGCAGUGGCUGUGGCAUCAGCAACCGCAGCAGCGACACUACCAGCAACCAACGGAGCAAUACCAACAAGCUACCAACCAGCUUGCUGGACUAAACCAGGUUGCAUCUGCACUGCCUGCAUCCCGUACCGGCACUGCUUCUAACGGCUCUGACGUCGCUGGUCAGCAGAAUGCCCUGCCAGCCAUUGGCGCUGCAUUUGGGCAGGACAAUGUAAGAACGGCAAUGGAGGAUGGCAUGGAUUCGUCUGACAAGGGCUACUCUUCUGGACCAACGGCUACUCUUGCCACCCUUGCUGGUGACGUUGAGCUGGAGCCGAUGUCAAUGCAAUCUUCUGGAACGCAGGGGCUAUUACCAAACAACACCACUCCAACUGGAAUUCUUCCACUGGGUGGCUCUGCAUCUUGCAAUAAUGGUGGUGGUGCGAAUGGAGCUCCAUUUCAACCAUAUUCUCAAACCAAUGGCAAUGGUUCAAUGGCUUUCAAUACCACCACUAACACUAGCGAUCCUCGCACCACCCAUAAUCAGGUUCGUAUGUGAGCGAUCGUUGUUGUCUCUCUGUGUCUCUGUGUCUCUGUCCGUCUGUUUUGUUUCCGCCUUGCUACCAGCAAGGCAGCAGUGGUGUUGUUUCUGUCGCAUUCUGUACUCUCUCUAUUUUGCACUCAGGGUCCACAAACAGUCCAUACUGUGAACGCGGCUGCAUUCUCUUGCAGCAGCAGUAGUGACAACAUCAACAACAUAAGCAGUGGGAGUGGCGUGUCCGAUGCGGACACUGCCCUGCCUAAUGUGAAUCAAAUUGACCGGCGUCGG